GCGGCCCUAUAAAUCCCAACAGCUGAUCAACAGACUUCAGAAAUUCAAGACCUUGAAACAGAGAGGUUGCAAGAGAGACUGGGAGCUGUCUAGCUAUUACGUUCUAGGGAGAUUUUUUUUUAUAUUAUUUUUUUGUUCUGUUUGUUUCUCGCAAUCAAGGGAGCAGCGAUCUUCCGCAGUACAACACAUUGAAGGUGAAACGUGCCAAAAAAAACAAAAACUGGAAGGUUUCCAGUUUCAACGCGAAAUAAAAAAAUAUACAUAUUUUAGAUGUACAGUAGUAUCGCAGAGGCAGCACGAAACAGCAACAAGGGGAUCUGUAAUGCGGGAAGCUAUCCGGUGCUGAAUUACACGCGCGUGUCACAAAAGGGAGCUAUCCAGUGCUGAAGUUGCAUUCUUCACAGCGAGAAGAGGUAUUGCAGAACAUAGGCUUGUAGCGAGGACUGCGUUUCCCCUUGUGCUGGUAUUUGAAUUUCUGCACAGCCAGGCCAAACCGCUGUGAACUAGUCUGCAUUCACCGUUGCUAAAAGAGAGACAUUCGGUACAGAACGAGUAUUCUUUUUUUUUUUGUGCAGUAUUUAAAACCAUGCCAAGGUCCUUCCUGGUUAAAAAGGUCAAGCUCGACGAUUUUUCAUCUUCUGAUCUCGAAAGCUCUUAUGGCACAUCCAGGACAGAUCUUAGCGUGCGGCUUCACGAAAAAGGCUACAUUAGCGACUACAUCACCCCGUCUGUGUAUGAUGGCGAAAGCGACAGUACCAUUAAAGUACCCUCUCCUGAUCCCAUCUAUGAUGGUAUACACGGUGAUUACGGCGCGCCAGAUUCAGACCAGCCAGACAGCCCCCAGUCGGAGAUCACAUCUGGUUACAUCAACGGAGACAAUGCUGUGAGUGAAGGUUACACUGUCGAUGCCUUCUUCAUCACGGACGGCAGGUCGAGACGGAAAGUCAUAAGCAGUCCCAGGACCAUACAGCGCCACACUUGCAACGAGUGUGGGAAAACCUACGCCACGUCUUCCAACCUGAGCAGGCACAAGCAAACCCACCGGAGCCUGGAUAGCAAGAUGGCCAAGAAAUGCCCAACCUGCGGGAAGGUCUAUGUAUCCAUGCCAGCUAUGGCAAUGCAUUUGCUGACCCAUGACCUCAAGCACAAAUGUGACAUCUGUGGCAAAGCCUUCAGCAGACCUUGGCUUCUGCAGGGACACAUGAGGUCGCACACAGGCGAGAAGCCCUUCGGUUGUGCCCACUGCGGAAAGGCCUUUGCGGAUCGUUCCAAUCUCCGUGCCCAUAUGCAGACUCACUCCGCUUUCAAGCACUUCAAAUGCAAAAGAUGCAACAAGACCUUUGCCCUGAAGUCCUACCUGAAUAAGCACUACGAGUCCGCGUGUUUUAAAGGCGCGUUCUCGCCUUUGAGUCCGCUUGAAGCAUGACUUCCGUAUCGAAAGAACACACCAGAAACUCAAAACCAGUUCCUUUUGUUUUGUUUUUUUUCCCCCCGUUCGUUCUCCAUUUCCUUCUGGGAACUUGACAAUAGCACACUUUUCUCAGUGUUCUUCAGUGAUGGAAUGAAGAGAAAAAAAAUGGAUUUUUCGCAUGUGCUUUAGAAAGACUAUCGUUUUCCUCCUUCAUUUUCCAGAAAAAAAAAACAGAAC